AUGAUUAUUACAUGUCAAGAAAAUCUUGCUAUCAACGAAUCAAGGUUAUCUUCGCAAUUAUCUCAGCCUUCCAUCGUUUCCGACUGGCUGUUGGCACAUGCGGAUUUGGUUAUUCGUGAUUCAGAAUCUGCAACCCAUCCCAAUUAUCCUAUCAUCGGAGAACAACCUAUUGUGCCCCUUUCAGGUAUCAAUGAUGAACGAACUUCUAUACCUUCGCUCAACUUUGAAUUUUACUUGGAUUGUCCUGUCGAGCUUGCACAGCCUCUUCAGAUACCUUCCCUAGAAUCUAUGGCUCAAAAUGAAACACAAUCACAUUUUAAUCCCUUUCUUAAUUUCUACACAUUUAACUAA